AUGUAUUACUGCACGUGUUUGGUUAUUGCAGCCACCUUAGUUUAUGCAAAUGAAGACUCUGUGUGUUAUUUGAAACGUUACGGAUAUUUAGAGAAUGACAACACUACUUCGUUGGUAGACGGGGAAAUCUUAAAGGCGGUGAUAGACACAUUUCAAGCUAAAUAUAAUCUCACAGUUGACGGGUCCAUGAACCCUGAAACAGAAGCGUUUAUGAGGAGACCGCGGUGCGGGAACAAAGACAAUCCUUUGCCUUAUAGAAUACUGAGCAACAACACCAAAUGGAGUAACGAAAUAGUAAUUUGGAACUGGUUGGGCAAACCGCGGUACGUACCGUUGGUAAAUGCCGCCUUCGGUGUUUGGGCGAAACACACUAACCUCGUGUUUUAUUGCUCUUUCUAUGAUUCCAACAUUCCUAUAUCGUUGGAUUCUCUCCACGUCAUGUACGCUACCAGAUCAUCGUGUCCGUAUAAGUUCGACGGCUGCGGAUCGGUGUUGGCACACGCCUUUUUCCCAGACGUCUUGAAAAAACCAGGCUGA